GUUUUAAAUUUUUCACUAUGCGGUCACACUUUUUGCUAUCUCAUCGUAAACAAAUCAAAAUUGUUUUCAAAACUCUUUAAUUUUGCCAAAAACAUGACCAGUGGAACAGUUAAACCUCGUGAUGUCGGUUUUGACAGGCAAUUCUCCGCUAAUGUAAAUGGGGUACCCACCGAGAUAGUGUUCCAUUGUUUUGCCAACAAGUGGUUUUUGGUCAUAACCCAGCUGGGCAAGAUUCCCGGCAUGUACAACGUGCACUUCGACGUCCACCGAGAUGAACGUGUUGUUCCCUGUAUGCAUGGACCCGUGGACAAUCCAGAAUUUCACGUUUCAGUGCCCAUCACGAUGAAUUGCUGUUUAGGGUUGGACACUGACGAGACCCGCAGCGCCAUUCAGUUUUUGGUCAACAGAACCGGUCUCCACAAGUGCCCGACGGAGUUUGUGGUUGGAUUGGGUCUCAAACAGAUUGACGGGCCUAAUCUGCGAGCCUUGGCCAAGGUCCUUGAGGAAGCGAUCUUCUAAUUUACGUUUUUCACAACCAAUAAAUAGUUGCUGUACAACAGUGUUGAGAUAA